GGAAGUACCCCUAACAUUAGAUCACACACUUUGGUCACACUGCAACAGCAAUGAAAAAAUUGUGAUUAUUUUCAAGGUGCGCAUAAAACGAAAAAAAGUUAACAAUAGUCAUCGUUGAGAAUUGUCAGAUUUGUAACAUCAAUCCUUUUGCAAUUGUAAUACGUACAUAGCAAAAUGAGUGCGAGUGCCGUCGCCAGCAGCGAUCCAGCCAUUACCAACAUGGCACUUGGGCGAAGUCAAACAAUAUGCCGCUUCUAUUUGCGCGGCAUUUGUCGUUUUGGAGAACUCUGCCGUUUCUCUCAUGAUCUAAGUCGUGGCCGUCCCGAAUGUGCGGAGCAAUCAACAGACAAUGCGGAGUGCAUUAAGCCAAGCACUAGCACCAGCACCAACAUCAGCAUCAGCCAACGUAAUUGGGCAAAUGCCCCGAUAUUUGUGCCUAGCCAGAAGCGCGUGCUGGCCCAGAACGAGGAGGAGGAGUCAGCUUCUGGAAGUGUGGCCCUUCAAAACCCAAUCUCAUGGGCCGAAGUGGUAGGAGGCCCGUCGUUACCCGAGGUCGACGUUAGCAAUUGCGAACCCGCAUCAUUGGACGAAGUUUGUCCAUAUGAAAGCCCGUGUCCUUAUGGCGAGUAUUGCCCCUAUCGUAUACACAUGGAGCUAUGCGAAAUGUGCGACCAGUAUUGCCUGCAUCCCACGGAUCAAGCUCAACGCAAAAAGCACAACCGCGAGUGCCUUCAACAGCAUGAACAGGCCAUGGAGCUCUCCUUUGCGAUCGCUCGCUCCAAGGACAAGACCUGUGGCAUAUGCUUCGACACAAUCAUGGAGAAGGCUGGUCGUGAGAAAAGAUUCGGCAUCCUGCCCAACUGCAACCAUAUCUUUUGUUUGGAAUGCAUUCGCAAAUGGCGCCAGGCCAAACAGUUUGAGCAUAAAAUAACGCGUGCUUGCCCCGAAUGUCGCGUUUGUUCAGACUUUGUCUGCCCCAGUGCGUUUUGGGUGGAGACAAAGGAGGAAAAGGAUAAGCUUCUCAACGAUUACCGUGCUGCCUUGGGAGCCAAGGAUUGUAAAUACUUCAAUAAAGGCGAGGGAAAGUGUCCGUUUGGAAACAAGUGCUUUUACAAACAUGCCCUGCCCAAUGGGGAUAUCGUUGAUGUGGGCUUGCCAAAGCGUACUCGAAAGUUACAGGGCCAAAACGAAAUAAUCGAUUUACUCGAUAUUUAUCUUUGGGACUACGUUGAUAGACGUGACUAUCAUUGGCUGGAGAUAUUUUCAAGUGAUAUAAGUGAAACUUCAGAUAUCUCCGAUGAUGAUUAAGCAUCUAAAGAAGGAUAAAACAAUAGAAAACACACACACAAAAAAACAUGCAGCAACUGUAGACCCGCAACAAAACAAAAUGUUAUAUACAGUCCCAGAUAUAACUUAAUCAAUAUUCUAGCGAUAUAUUACAUACAUAUAAAUGAUACAGAACCAAAUACCGAAGGCAAAAUUUAAACCAACACACAAACUCACAUGUAUUUGGGUACCAAAAUUUAGGUUUAUAUGAAAAAUAUUUAUUCUCCACUUAACGCAACGAAAUUUUCAGCAACUUUUCCGUACUUGUAUUAAAUUAAAUUAUAUUUAAUACCAUCCAACAAGGGGUUACCACCAUUAAACCUUAAAGAUCAAUGAUAUAUCAUUACCUAUGUAUACACAAUUUUAGAGAUAAUAAAAUAAGUAAACAAAUAGAUUUUUCAAAAUAGGUGAUAUCAAAUGUGUAAACAAACUAUGCCUUUCAGACUGAAUUGUAAAGAUAACAAAAUACAAACAUUCUUUAAUCGGGUUUCCACUCAUUACAUUUUGAAGUUUAAUAACGAUAACCUAAGUGAAGCGCACAUAACAAAAACACAUAUAGCAACAGCAAACAUGCAACAUGCGGUAUCCGGUAAAUUUCUGAUGUUGUGCCGAUAAAUUGUAUCAUACCUACAUACAUAAGCAUUGCCUUUUUCGUCAAUCAAUAAUCAAUAAACUUUUGUUACUGUUAUGAUUAUAGUUUUGUGUUAAAGUAUUACUGUUGCAUAAUACCUGUAAUUCAGUAUAAAUUUGUAAACGUUUCCACAAGCUCCACGUACUGUAAUAACCCCCGACAGAAAGAUAGAAAGAAAAUGCCCUAACAUUUAUUGUAAUAUCAUUUUAAGCCUAUACUUUCGAAAUGUACCUCCUUAAAGUGUUUUGUUUUAAUGAUAAAUAUGUUACUGUACACAGAAAAUAAGUGAAAUAAGGUAAUUACCAUAUAAACCAAACAUGUUCAACAUUUAAAACUACAAAAAGAAGCAAAAGCAAAACAAAACAAAACAAAAAGCGAUAAUAAUUUAUUUCUAUAAAAGAUCAAUACAUAUUAUAGGAUUAUAUAUGACUGGGAACAUGACUCAUCCGUGACAGUUACAAAUUAUAAAUGUUAUAUGAAUAAUUGGUAACACUAUAUAAAUAUAUUUUAAAAGCAGGCAUUCGAUUGUCAACCCCUCAAAACAAAAUGUACAAAUCAGCUUGAAAAAUGCUUGAUGUCUCACAAAAAAAAAAGAAAACAAAACCAAACCUCUCUUUAGAGCCUCUUGUUUCCAAUAUAAUUUUUGUUUAAAUAUUGGCCGAAAUUAAGAUCCUCAAAAGUAACACACUCAACACACCUGUACAACAUGUUCUUGUUAAGUUGAACACAUACGUUUUCACAUCAAUUUGUAUGCUGCUGACGGGGCCUAACUCUCCUU